UUCAUUUAAAUAUUUUUUCCUUGAUGCACUUUACAUGUUAACUUGGUCUUGUCAACAAAGUUUUUCAUUCUAGUGUUUAGUUUCAACAAGAACGAGCAAAAGUGUACCUGUCUUCUACAUGUUGAAGUAGUUCGCGCCAAAUUGACGUAGGAUUCUGAAGGCGGAAAUUGGACGUUUGCGAUUUAGCACCGUCUGUCUUUCAAACUCCGCAGCCGUGCUCUCAUUGGUCGAACGUUUGAUCAUUUGACCAACGGUCGCGGGAAGGUACGGGACCAUGCUUGGAAGAGAAGGAGGAGUGGUUUUUCAUUCAAAGUAAUUUCGUAAACAUUACACUGUCUUCGUAAAAAAAAUCUUGACGUUUUCUCAACGUUUCAAACGUGUUUUGAUGUUUUUUUAUGUUAUCGGCUGUCUUUUUGGGAGCGGAUUUGACUUUUCUCAUACCACAGUCUUUAAGGUGAACUACAUCGUAGCCAUUUGCUGGGGUUGUCGUUGGCCAACACUUAACGAAGCUUCUCGCUAACAGUUAGCUUCUUAUCGUGAAGUUAACUUGACUCAAGCACAGGAGCUUGUCUUUGGAUCUUACAACAACAACUUUCGGAUAUUUUACACGGACUCGUAUCAGUCUUCAAGGAGGUAACGUUAAAAGACGUUGGACCACGUUAUCUGGAAGAGUUUUGUCAUGGUGACUUCGACAUAAGUUGGUGUUAUGAUUCAGCCAGUCAACUUAUUUGCUAACGUGGAUAGCUCGCUAUGUUUUGCUCCCUUCUCGGUAGCUAGCUAGAUGGACGGCUAGCAAACUUUACUGGGUCGGCAUCGCUUCUUGUUUUUAUUGUAUUUAUUUAAUCUGUACCUUCGGACAACCAGUUCUUUCCAAAGACUAAACGCUCUUGUGUGAGCGAAAUAUGGAGGGGAAAAUGAGUUUCAGCUGUAGGCGACUUGAAAAGAGUAACGUUAACUCUCCCAGCCUGCGGCCUAUUCGGCAAAAACUGAGCUUUUCUCCGAGCGACGGAGAGGAGGAUUGCAUAGAAGAUGCUAAUAACAGCACGGGAGCCGAAUCGGGCUUUACGGAACUGGAUUCCCCGCUGCCACUUCGACGGAAUAGCGCCGACAAGAGACAUGAUUCCAACAGCAGCCCUCAGACAGCGGACGACGACGACAUCGAGUCCUGGGAUGAGGAGGGCUUUGAGUCGCCCUCUCACUUGAAAAAUAUUUUCAUAAACAAUUCACCCUCUGUACGGAAAGGGACUCGGAGUUACGAUAGUUCGCCAGAGAGGACAUUUGUUCACGACGACGGAGAGGGGUCUAGCUCACCUAUUCCAGACUGUCCCGAUACACCCCCCCAUAAAACAUUUCGGAAGCUUCGCCUUUUUGAUACGCCUCAUACGCCCAAGAGUUUGCUGUGCAAAGCCAGAACGAGUGCAUCAAGUAGCAGGCGAGUCGCUCUCUUCAGGGAUGUGGAUUCGGCGAGCAAAACCUGUCUGGACAGCCGGAGGAACCAGACCCCCCAGGUCAACAUCAACCCCUUCACACCUGAUUCCAUCCUUGGUCAAUCAUCAACUUUUCAAAGGAACACUAGAAAGCGCUCGCACUGGAAUGACUCUUGCGGAGAAGACAUGGACGCAAGUGAUGCGGAAAUCGAAGAUGAAAUUGUUCCUCCAUCAAAGAGAAUUACCAUGAUGGAGAGCAACAUGAUGUCCAGAUACAUGUCAGAAUUCCAUGAGCUGGAGAAGAUCGGCUGUGGGGAGUUUGGAUCCGUGUUCAAAUGCGUCAAAAGACUCGAUGGUUGCAUCUACGCCAUCAAGCGCUCCAAGAAGCCUCUGGCAGGAUCAGUUGAUGAGCAAAACGCACUUCGAGAGGUGUAUGCCCAUGCAGUCCUGGGCCAGCACCCCCAUGUGGUGCGGUACUACUCCGCCUGGGCUGAGGACGACCACAUGCUCAUCCAGAAUGAGUACUGCAAUGGCGGCACGCUCUCGGACGUCAUCACUGAGAACUACCGCAAAAUGGCCUUCCUGUCAGAGUUGGGGCUGAAGGAGCUGCUGCUGCAGGUCACCCGCGGCCUGAAGUACAUCCACUCCACUGCCCUUGUGCACAUGGACAUCAAGCCUAGCAACAUUUUUAUCUCUCGAAAGACUGCUGUGGAUGAGUGUGAAGAUGAGGAAGAUGGACCAACUACAAGUGUGAUCUAUAAAAUAGGUGAUCUAGGCCAUGUGACCCGAGUGACCAAUCCCCAGGUUGAGGAGGGGGACAGUCGGUUCCUAGCCAAUGAGGUCCUUCAAGAGGACUACAUCAACUUGACAAAGGCAGAUAUCUUCGCCCUUGCUCUGACUGUGGUCAGCGCUGCAGGGGGCGACCCACUGCCCACCAACGGAGAGAAGUGGCACGAGAUCCGCCAGGGCAAGCUGCCGUCCAUCCCACAAGUACUCUCGCAGGAGUUCUUAUGCCUUUUAAAACUGAUGAUCCACCCGGACCCCACUCGCAGGCCGUCCGCUUCGGAUCUGCUCAGGCACCCAGCUCUGCUCACAGCGGCACGCAUGAGUGCUGACCAGCUACGCGUCGAGCUCAACGCUGAGAAGUUCAAGAACGCCCUGUUGCAGAAGGAGCUGAAAAAAGCCCAGCAGGCAAAAGCGGUUGCAGAGGAGAAGGUUCUGUCCACAGACCGGGUUUUGACGCGUUCCACACUGCAGGGUGGGGGCCGAGCCUCGCGCCUCGUCGGCAAGAAGAUGAACCGCUCACUAAGCCUGACCAUAUACUGAAGCACACUUUCCUCAACAAACACACAACCCUGUAGAAAUGGUGCUAGACAACAGACUCUGCCUGACAAAACUGUCAGUGCUUUCACACAUAAGAACACUUUUUUUUGGUUUUGUUUUUCCUUUAUCAAGCUACAUCUGUACUUCUGAAACUCAAGGUAGAAAUCCCACGUGAUGCAUAUUCCUUGUUACUGAAAGUAGACACACAGUGCUUUGUACGCUGUUUGCUGAGAGCUUACACUUGCAAACUUCUCACAAUCCCUCUAGGAACAGUAGUUCUACCGUUUGUUUACCGUUUGUUUUUCUCUCAGUGAAGGCCUGUCCUCCUGAGUUCUGCAGGAAAAUUACAUAGCAAAGAAAGGUCUACACGCUCUAUCCUGCACUUCCUGUCCCAGCCUGCAGGGGGCCCUCUUGCGCAGAGCCCCAACUCACGAUGCUAAGACUGGGUGAAUGUACCAGACUAGAUGCGUGCACCUUACUGCCUGUGAAUGACAUGCCUGACCGUUAGGCAAAAAACAUGUGGUGUCCUAGGUGGUGAUUGCCAUGAAAAUGAGCACUUUGGGCAAUAAGGAGGGAGAGAGGAAUCUCCACAGAAAAAAGAAAAAAAGAACCUGCUGCUAUUCAUGUUUGUUAUGAAUCAGGGUUGGGAGAAUUGAAGACAAAAUUUUGCCAUUUUCUUUAAUCAUUGGUUUUACAAUAUGUUUAUUGUUCUGCAAUAAUUAAUGUGCCAUAAUUUACAUGCAUCUUAAUGUUCCUUCAAUUUGGCUCCCCAUGUACAAGUAGCAAAAUCGGAAGGUUCAGAAAAUCAUGCGUGUGGUAAAAAUACAUACAAUACAUAAAAGGAUGUCAUAACACCAGUCAGUUAGACUGUUAAAGGUUAAAACUGGAACAAUAUCCCAAAUCCCAUAUCCCCAGCCCUGACGGUAGCAUUAAAGCAAUCAUUGUCCUGUUCUUUGGAUUUCUUUACCAGUGAGUGAUCGCUUUAUGUUGACUUAUAUUGUCUGGACAUGCUACACCUUUGUUAAGGUGUAAUAUGUAUCAUUUUGUGCUAAAAAAUUAAUACCUUCCUUUUCUCUUGUAAAUAAGUUCUCAUAAUAAAUUCUCACCAAUAA